AUGCCCCUCUUCACUGAGCAAGCCUCCAGCUGGCGAGACCUCAGAGUCUUCCCAUCGUUCGCACCCCCUUUGCCCCGUCUCACCACACCAUUCAACCCCCCCGAAGACCCAAUCGAACGAUACGAAGUCCUCAUCGCCGGCGCCGGCCCAGCAGGCCUCAUGCUCCAGCUCCUCCUCUCCCGAUACGGACUAACCGACAAAUCCCUCCUCUGCAUUGACUCGAAGCCCGGGACGCUGAAAUCCGGCCAAGCGGACGGGAUCCAGCCCCGCACACUAGAGGUGUUCAAGACGCUAGGCAUAUCGGACGAGAUCGAGACCGAGGCAUGUCAAAUGUGGGAGUUUGCAUUUUGGAACGACGCGGACGACCCCGCCAAGGGUAUUGCGAGGAGAUGCGUCGUGCCGGAGGUGAUUCCGCCGUCGAGGUUUUCGUACGAGGCGACGAUUCAUCAGGGACGGGUUGAACGGAUCAUGGAGAGUGAUUUGAGCCGGUAUUCGGCGCGCGGGGUGAUGAGGAACGCAGAGCUCGUUUCAGUGCGGAUUGACGACGAGGAUGCGCAGUUUCCUGUGCUCGCGGAGGUCAAGGUCAACGGGGUCAUGAGGGUUAUUCGGACGAAGUAUCUGGUGGGUGCGGACGGCGCGCACUCGGUUGUUAGGAAGUCGGUGGGCCUAAAUCUGGAAGGCCAGUCGCUGGAUCACAUCUGGGGGGUUGUGGAUGUUGUCGUGGAUACUGAUUUCCCGGACAUACGCAGACGGUGCGCGAUUCACUCGCCGGCGGGGUCUGUGAUGGUUAUUCCGCGUGAACGUAUUAGUACGGGGGAGUAUAUCACGCGGCUGUAUGUGCAGGUUCCAGGGGUUGUUGAGUCAGAAACCAGCGCAGAUGCGGACCUCGGAAAAGAUGCCAAGGGGAGACGAGGCAGCGUCACGUUGGAAGGGAUACUAAAGCAGGCGAGUGAUGUGUUUCAGCCGUACUACAUCCGUCCGAGAAGGGAGGAUGCUGUUGACUGGUGGGCCGCGUACCAGAUAGGGCAGCGAGUGUGUCCUGAGUUCAUCGUCAAGGACUCCAGUGGAUUGGGGAGAGUAUUUAUCGUAGGUGAUGCGUGCCACACACACAGUCCAAAGGCCGGCCAAGGAAUGAACGUGUCCAUGAUGGAUUCAUACAACCUCGCCUGGAAGCUCGCCUACCGCAUCAACGGACUCACGCCUAGUUCUUCAGAAGACGGGGCCCCAAACCCGCUGCUCGACACAUAUCACACCGAGCGCCACGCGAACGCACAGCAACUGAUCGAUUUCGACAGGAAAUUCUCAACCGGCUUCUCGGACAAGGUAGGCACAGCCGAAUCUAAAUCCGGACUCUCACACAGCGAGUUUGUCGACCUAUUCAGCUCUGGAUGCGGCUUCACCAGCGGGUGUGGAGUGGAGUACGUUGGGAAUCUAGCGGUGGACAAGUCAUCUGUUGUCAGAAGUCACCCAGUCGCGGGAGAGUCGGAGUUUCUUUGGGGAAUUCUACAGCCCGGUCGACGUCUGCUCAAUAUCAAGAUGAAACGGUUUGCGGAUGGCGCGCAUCGCGAUAUUCACGAUGACCUUCCGUCUACUGGCCGAUUCCGCAUCCUCUCACUCCUCAGCACCGACCUCCUUGAUCCCAACGGCGUCUCCGCAACUGCGCUCAACGCAACUGCGUCUCUAGUCCGGCAAUUCCCAGCCUCCAUACUCGAACAGAUCAUCAUCCAUCCACGCAUGCGGGGCGAAGUCACAUGGGAAAACAUCCCAGCGUGCGUGAAGGAGCAAGCUGAGAUGUCUUUCUACAGUGGGUGUGAACUGGACAACGCAUACCGGGUUUAUGGCGUUGAUGCGGCGCGCGGUGCUGUUGUUGUUAUACGGCCGGAUGGAUACGUGGGGAUGGUUGGGGAGCUUGGGGAUGUUGCUAGAGUUGAUGCGUUUUUGGGCCGGAUUAUUUGUCCAACUCCGUGA